CUGUAGACAUUGAGGUUGAAAGAGGUCAAGAGUUCGAUACGCAGGGUAAUCUGUGUAACAAUGGGCUCCGAACAAGUUGCUGAGGCAAGGUGGCGUCAUGAGGAAGAGGGUAGUAAAAUCCUCCAGGUCCAAGUCCCAGGAUUCAAGAAGGAAGAGCUCCAAGUGAAGGUGGACGCCGUUCGCAAUUACUUGGUGAUCGCCGGUGGUGAAGGACUGGCAGAUCAAGGCAUGAAGAAGCAUGCAAAAUUUCGGCAAACGUUUGUUGUUCCGGACGACUGCACCUGCGAUGGAAUCAAAGCCGUCUUAAACGCCGGCGUCCUCUACCUGAUGUUACCCAAGGCAACGAGGCAUUUGGGAAACCAACUCUAUCCCGUGAAAGGGCGCACAGAUCGGCAGGAGACGCUUAUUUUGUCGGUGGCUGCCGGAGUUGCCCUCCUCACCAUUGCACUCACCUUACUCCCCUGCUGUCUCAGGUCAUCAAAUUUGCAUGGCCAAGAAUGAAAGAAAUUGAUCAAAGGAAAACAUAAAUUCAAAACGUAUAAUUCCUUUUCUAUGGCAAACUAUUGUAUAAAUUCAAGAAUUGGCAAUGUGACAAUGAAACCGAUGAUAUUUGUUUGAUAUAAAUGAAAGAAGAUGACAGCCA